AUGGCGUUGAAUUCCACUGGACUGGACGUAGCCAGCGACCUGGCGGAGCUGGGAACCCUGCAGGAGGUGGCCGAGGUGCCCCCUGAUGUUUGGAUUCCCGGGACGAUGCCAGAUGCUCCGGCCAUACCCAGGCAAGUUCUUCGCAGCUCCUUCGCAGACGAGCAGUCCGGUGGUGGCACCACGGAUGUGAGACGGCCCAUACGUCCGGAUUCGCAGGAUUCUGCCGACCUGGACCCCAUCCUGGCCCUUGAUGACUUCACCGUGGCACUGCCAGACGGAUUUCCGGAUCAUGCCCAUCGUGGCUUUAUCACCAUGACCUACCUGCUCCCGUCUUCUCCGGGAGCCCUUUCGCACGAGGAUUUCCUAGGCAAUGCAGGCAUUCUGAAGCCCGGCGACGCACAGUGGAUGACCUGUGGACGCGGGAUCCUACACUCCGAGGUGCCUGACAGCCGCUUCUUCGCACGGGGGCUUCAGAUGUGGAUCAAUCUGCCUGAACAGGAGAAGAUGGUUGCUCCUGGGUAUCUGGAGCUGCCUCGAGGCAAGCAGCUGCGUGUUGCCGUGCCGGGCAUCACCGCUGCCAUCCUGGCAGGGAAGGCUUUGGGGCACUGCCAAGAGGGUCUUCGCCAUGGCCCUGAGUUGGCGAUCCACUUCACCAUGGAGCCCUUUGCGCUCCUCCACCAGUUGAUUCCAGAAGGACAUUCAGCCUUCAUCUACACCCUUCUGGGCCAAGUUCUGGUUGCGGAUGUGACUGCAGAUGCGAACCAUUGCCUUGUCCUCAGUGCAGCUCCUGGGGAAGACGGUGUUACCGUUCGCACGGGAUCUUCCGAAGCUUCCUUCUUCCUCUGUGCGGCCAAGCCUUUGCGCGAACCGGUCGUGUGGCAGGGACCCUUUGUCAUGUGCAGCGAAGAGCAGAUCCGCCAGUCUAUGCUAGACUACCAGUGCGAUCGGAAUGGCUUCGAGCGGGCAAGCUCGUGGAGCUCCAAGAACAAGUUCCGAAUGGCUCAUUGA